AUGGGUCCACUGGAUGACCUUCGCAAGUUCAUCGACGACGCGUUAUCACUGAUCGAAGACGAUUCGGAUCAGAACUUCCUCUUCCGAGACUCUGCUCAGUUUUAUAUGGAAGCUUUGAAUGCUCGUCAGGAAUAUCAGAGAAUGCGAGACUUGAACGGGGGCGACUUUCCUGAAGAUAUCGCUGGGAGGGAUAUACUCAGACCGAAGGGCGGCAAAGAUGAUGUGACUGAAUAUCACGUUGCAGUGGAUUUCGACUAUGCGUUCACGCAAACUGAAUGCCAUAACGACAGAGUGUAUGAUUCACUUCCCGCAGAAGAGCGGCCAGCAAUGUCAGGACAAAAUUGGAUUCGCAGUCUCAGACUAGGCACAAACAUCGGCACACGGGUGAUCUUUGACUUCUAUCACAACACAUGCGACAAAGGCGGUUUCCUCGAUGCCUUCCACGACGCAUGGUUCUACCCUCUGAUCAGACCUCUUCUCCGAGCCGCUUUUAGAGCGAUUCAGCAUGGGUAUCCGAUCAGCCCAGAACCUAUUGACGGAAGACUUUGGGUUGCUGCACGGCAGUACCCGAAAUGUGAUCUCGAGGAGUACGGAGCGGUCUUUACGGAUGCGCCAGGGGAGGAAUUUAUACCACUGCAGGAAUUUUGCAGCGAGGAUAUCGAGUCUGCUAUUGAGACUGAUACAGAUGAUUCGUUGACUAGACUCUGA